AUGUCGCGACUGCAAGACGGAAGCACUCCGCGUCCGUUGUCCUCCAUUAGUUUCCAUUUAAAUCAUCGUAAAGCUGCGAAAGCUUCACAUACGAUUCAGAGCGCACCUGCAUACGCGCAAUACCGGCACCUUGACGGUGCUACCGUAGCGUCAACCUCUUCAUUUUCGCCGCAGAGUCCACAUGCAGCUACUAAAGUCAGCUAUGUGGGCUCUUGUGGUGGCACUGUCACCGAAUUCCCGCGGGCGAGCCUUCCGUUCUCUCUAAAACUUCCCUCUUCAUCUCCCCAAGCUCAGUCGCAAGCCACAGACAACUGGGUCAAAAAUAACGAAAGCACCCCGUUGGCUCGCUGCAUGACUCCACGGAAUCAGCAAGGUGCUGUUGGCAUGUGCGACUGGUGCAAAGCUGCACAUAUCGUAAAGGCUCUUGAACAGACCAUGGCCAGCGACUAUGCAAAGUCGCCGCCACUACCAGACGAUGGAGAGAAAGAACAUUUCGCAGGUCUUCCUCAAGCCAGGUCCAACCGGCGUGUCGCAUCACAGCCAUAG